CCAAGCAAUUUCCAAUACACAUUACUGCUCCCCACAAAAUGCGCGCGUGGACUAAUAUUUUCAAGACUUGCCAACAAUAUUGCAUUUUAUAUAAAGGCAGUUUCCAUAGUUGCAUCGAUCAGAAUAGAAUCACUUUAGAAAUGGAGACUUGUUGUUUUGCUAAAAAUGUCAUUUUUGUUUGGGCUUUGGCUUUCAUCGCUUCAUCCCCUUUGGCUUGUGUUAAAGCUGGAUGCACCAAAGAACAGACGAGAGCUCUCUUGGAGAUCAAGAACGCCACAGUUGCUUCUUUUCUUUGGCGUUGGGACGGAAGGGAUUGUUGUGAACCGAAUGAAAUUGAAUGUGAUGAUAUUACUGGAGGAGUUUGGAGAAUGGAUUUGGGAGGGGCGUACGCUUCAUCAAGAAGUACAUGGUAUCCAAAUGUAACCUUGUUCACCUUAUUUGAUGAACUCGAAGAACUAACACUGUCUGACAUGCAAAUUGGAGGAAGCCUUGAAGCUUUUUGCGAACUGACGCGAUUAAAAUAUCUAAAUUCUUUGGAUCUUACGGAUAAUAAACUGGAAGGCGUUAUUCCCUCUUGUCUUGGGAUGAUUGGAAACCUUGAAACACUUCGUCUAUCAAAUAAUCGUCUUAAUGGUAGUUUACCUCCAUCAAUAUUCUCCGAACAAAGCAAGAUUAUGGAUUUUCAAGCUUCGAACAAUCAAUUAGAUGGGGUUUUAUCAUUUUCUACUUUUGCCAAUGCUUCAAGUCUCCGAUACCUUGAUCUUUCGAGUAAUCGCUUUCAUGGUAAUCUACCUCCAUCACUAUUCUCCAAACAAAGCAAGAUUCAGUCAUUUUAUGUUUCGGCCAAUCAAUUAGAUGGGGUUUUAUCAUUUUCUACUUUUGCCAAUGCUUCAAGUCUCCAAUACCUUGAUCUUUCAAGCAACUGCAAUUUGGAAAUUGAAACCGAAUCUCCCUCAUGGGUUCCAACCUUUCAGCUAAUUUAUCUGAACUUGGCGAAUUGCAGCCUCAACAAGAAGAAUGGUCACGUUCUCCCAAGCUUUAUCACCACCCAAGUUGCCUUGGACUUGCUAGACUUGUCUCACAACUUAAUAGAGGGAAGCAUACCUUGUCAGUUGCUAUUCAACACGAGUAUCAGAGUUUUAUUAUUGAGAAGUAACAAAAUUGAUGGUUCUCUUUUUCUUGAUUGUCAUGCUAAUCGAACUUCAUCACUUGUAUUCUUCGACAUGUCAAAUAAUAAUGUCAAAGGUUCUCUUCCCGAAAAUAUUGGACAUCUUCUUCCACACUUAUACAGUGUUGACAUGUCCUCAAAUGCAUUACAGGGCAUCAUUCCUUGGUCUUUUGGUAAUCUAUCUUUUGAAGCAUUAGACCUUUCUAAUAAUAAGCUCUCAGGGACAAUACCGCAAAGUUUGACUAGAAAUGGCACCCGACUGGUAUAUCUAAAUCUAUCAAACAAUACAUUGGAAGGAGAAAUGCUCCCAAGGGACGCCAACAUGAAAAGAUUGGAGUGCUUGCAACUCGGCGGCAAUCAAUUUCAAGGAAUGAUCUCACCCGCAAUAUCAAACAGCCCCUCUCUACUAAUCCUAGAUAUUCGAAACAAUAACUUGUCUGGUAAUAUUCCAAAGUUGUUGUAUGAUCAUCCUCGCUUGGUGCAAGUUCUUUUAAGUGGAAAUCGCUUUGAAGGUCACCUACUCCGAAGAAUGUGUCAAAUGGAAAGUUUGCAAGUUUUCGAUAUCUCUGAUAAUCAUAUUUCGGGAGGUAUUCCGUCCUGCCUUGAUAACAUUACAUUAUGGAAGAAGAGUUCUCCAAGCUCUAAUGGCUCAAACUCUUUCAUGGAAAAGGGUCCACUGUUUUCCCUGGCACAUCCAGCAGCACUAAGGCCUAAAUUCGAAAUUAAAACGGACUUGCGAGUAAAACAUGAGGUACAUGCUUACAAAGGUAUCCCACUCUCAAUGAUGACUAUAAUUGACAUGUCAUCAAACCAAUUGACAGGUAACAUUCCUUUUGAAAUGGGAGAAUUGUCUCAGCUUCGGUCCUUGAACUUGUCGAAUAAUUUUCUAACAGGCUCCAUUCCAAAUUCUUUUCAAAACUUGAAAAACAUAGAGAGCUUGGAUCUUUCCCACAACAAGUUGAGUGGGAGAAUCCCUUUUGAAUUUGUUGAAAUGACUUCUCUAUCAGUAUUUAGUGUUGCCUAUAACAAUCUUUCUGGAAGAGUCCCAUUUGAGCGUCAGUUCUCAACUUUCGAGUCGCAAUGCUAUGAUGGAAAUCCAGAUCUAUGUGGAGACCCUCUGCCGAGAAACUGUUCAACUACAAACCAACUUGAACCUGGACAUGAGGAAGAAAAGGAAGAGACUAGAAUAAUCGAUAGCCCUUUAUUCUUCUAUGCAUUUGUUGCUGUCUCUUAUGCAUUCGGAUUUUGGGUUUUCUUUGGGAUCCUAAUUAUUAACAAGAAUUGGAGGCAUAUCUAUUUUAGAGCUGUUGACAGAAUUAUUGAGUCAUGUUUUGAAAUGCUCUAUCAGUGAUUCAUAACCAUAUAUAUAUAUAUGUACUUCAAAUUUAUGCUUAUCUUCAAUAAAGAUGUUGUAUUGCAAA